UAAAGGCGCCUUGCCGGAGUGAAGGGCGUUUCGGUGCCGCGCCAGCCAGAGAGGGCGCAUUUGGUGGCAGGAAGCGAGCUGCGUCGAGGUCGUGGCGGAACCAGACGGUGACCUGCUCAGGAUGAACCACAAGAGCAAGAAGCGCAUCCGCGAGGCCAAGCGGAGUGCGCGGCCCGAGCUCAAGGACUCGCUCGACUGGACCCGGCACAACUACUACGAGAGCUUCCCGCUGAGCCCGGCGGCCGUGCCGGAUAACGUGGAGAGGGCUGAUGCUUUACAGCUGUCGGUGGAAGAAUUUGUAGAGCGGUACGAAAGGCCUUACAAGCCCGUGGUUCUGCUGAAUGCCCAGGAGGGCUGGUCCGCGCAGGAGAAAUGGACUCUGGAGCGCCUCAAAAGGAAAUACCGGAACCAGAAGUUCAAGUGUGGCGAGGAUAAUGACGGCUACUCGGUGAAGAUGAAGAUGAAAUACUACAUCGAGUACAUGGAGAGCACCCGUGAUGACAGUCCCCUUUACAUCUUUGACAGCAGCUAUGGUGAACACCCCAAAAGAAGGAAACUUUUAGAAGACUACAAGGUGCCCAAGUUUUUCACGGAUGACCUUUUCCAGUAUGCAGGGGAGAAGCGCAGGCCCCCUUACAGGUGGUUUGUGAUGGGGCCACCACGUUCUGGAACGGGGAUUCACAUUGACCCUCUGGGAACCAGUGCCUGGAAUGCCUUAGUUCAGGGCCACAAGCGUUGGUGCCUGUUCCCGACCAGCACCCCCCGAGAGCUCAUCAAGGUGACCCGAGAAGAAGGAGGGAACCAGCAAGAUGAGGCCAUUACCUGGUUUAACAUCAUUUAUCCUCGGACACAGCUUCCGACCUGGCCUCCUGAGUUCAAACCCCUGGAGAUAUUACAGAAACCAGGAGAGACCGUCUUUGUACCAGGGGGCUGGUGGCAUGUUGUCCUCAAUCUUGACACGACCAUCGCCAUCACCCAGAACUUUGCCAGCAGCACCAACUUCCCUGUUGUGUGGCACAAGACGAUACAGCACGGGCAGCGGCAGUUCAAGCCACCCCCAGCCACCCCGUGCCACUGUGUCCCAACCCUGACCUGGAGGGACCAGCUCUCGGGGAUCUUGAAGCAGGAGCACCCUGAGCUGGCAGUCCUGGCGGACGCUGUUGACCUCCAAGAGUCCACAGGCAUCGCUUCUGACAGCUCCAGCGACUCCUCCAGCUCCUCUAGCUCCAGCUCCUCCGACACAGACUCAGAGUGUGAGUCUGGGUCUGAAGGUGAUGGGACAUCACACCGCAGGAAGAAGAGGAGGACCUGCAGCAUGGUGGGAAACGGGGACACCACCUCACAGGAUGACUGUGUGAGCAAAGAACGGAGCUCCUCCAGGUGACCACAUGUGGCAGUUGUCUGUGCAAGGAUGUGCUUGAAGCCAUGGGCAAGGCCCAAGCCUGGGGAGGGGCAGCCCAUCGGAAUCUGCAGAACCAGGGAGGGUGACACUGGAGAAUGAGGACACUCUGAAUGGGAAUUGAUAGCAUUUGGUACAGUGGCUUUUUCUCCACGGUCAUGUCUUCUAGCAAAGAGCAAAGGUGUGUAGAUGGUGCCAAGGAAGCCCUUUCCCUAUUUAAUAAAAGCAAUCCAUUUUACAUCUUGGACAGCUUUCCUUUGGGCAUGCUAGAGUCUCCCUGUGCUCCUUUGCUGUGGUGUGUGUGUUGGGGCGUCCCACUGGUGUGUGUCCUGUUGGGGGGACACUUGGAGCAGUGAGGGAGCUGGGACAGCUCUGAGGUUUCCUGUGUAACAUCUUAAUCAUCUCUCCAGACUUGUUUAAAAAGAGUGGGAAACAGAAAACCAGGAUUGGAUCUAAGGAAGCCAGGUGUGGGUGGCACAGGCCUUAAUGCCAGCACUCGGGAGGCAGAGGCAGGCAGAGCUCAAGUUCAAGGCCAGCCUUCUCUACAGAGUGAGUUCUAGGACUGCCCAGGCUACACAGAGAAACCCUAUCUAGGGGGACAGACAGACCAACUGGAUCUAACUUCAGAGAACCAAAACGAAUUUGCUGGCACCUGCCCCCUGUGUGGACAGUGACAGGCCCUCAGUGAAAGGUGGCCCUGUGUGCACCUGGGAGGUGCACCAGUUGGGACUGUGGGAGAUAGUGACGUUCUGAAGUGCUUGACUGCUGCGGGUGAGUGACAGUUCUGUGGCCUUCAUUCAUCUCAGAGCAUUUGAGCAUUAACUGCAUAAUAAAGUCCAGGAUCCUGGCUCCUAGUCCGCAUUCUCUUUGGGGAGAGUCGGGUUGGCUUCCCCGUUGAAUCUAUGGUGCUCGUGUGCAUUCUCCACCCUGGUUGUCCUUUCCACGUCUACGCUUAGGUGUGCUCUCUGCCUGUGAAUCAUUUCAUACGUUCCCAUGCCAUGCUUGGACGCUGACAGCUGUUAGUGAGGUCUGAGGUUUUGCCUAUUUGGGGUAGGGACAGUUGAGACAGUAUCUGACUGCAUGGUCAUGCAGGCUUUGAAGUCAGGAUCCUCCUGCCUCAACCUCCUAAGUGCUAGAAUCAUGCACCACCAAGCACGCUCACCUUUGGGGUUCUGGUUUUUUGUUGUUGUUUGUUGUUUUGUUUCUCGAGACAGGAUUUCUCUGUGUAACAGCCCUGGCUGUCCUGGAACUCGCUUUGUAGACCAGGCUGGCCUCGAAUUCACAGAGAUCCACCUGCCUCUGCCUCCUGAAUGUUGAGACUAAAGGCGUGCGCCACCACACCUGGUGGAGUUCUCUUUUAAUGUUGCCGUCUAGCUUUGGCCCAGCUGUGCUGUCUGCAUGACAAUUACAGGCAGUUGUGCUUUCCCUGGCAGGAUUAGGGACCCUUGUGGGGCACUGUGCCCAUCCCUGAGCAAAUAGACUGCUGAGGUGGUUCCUUUGUAAGCUGUUGGUUGCCACCUGCCUCAGUUUCCGGCUUGUGCUCCCACCUUAUCCUCUGUCUUUGAUUGUGGAUCUUCCUUCUCUGGCCCAGGCUCCUUUCUUUGAGUCUGUCCCCUGCUGUUGGUAAGGCUCAACUGUGUAUCCAAGCAGAGCCAAGAGCGGUGUGGUGAGGCCUUGAUCUGUGUGAGAAGUGCCCGAGUGUGUGCCGUCUUCUGGAUCUCACUGUAGUUCACAGUGCCAUGCAGGGCAGUGACCCAGCUCCGAGCCCUGUGCCUUUGCUCACCACUUGGUGGCAUAUUAGGAUCAUUCUGCACAGGGGAGUCGGGAAGUCUCAUAAUUCAUAAUCUUAAUUAGUCUUAACAAUAAAAACCUGGAGUUAGAUAUCGAGGGCGAAAGCUGAAAGAAAUAGAGUAGCAGCCACUAGAGACUUACUACCUGUACGAAAUCUCAGACCUAAUGGGUGUGUGUGUGUGUGUGUGUGUGUGUGUGUGUGUGUGUGUGUGUGUGUGUGUGUGUCGGGGUCCUCUGUGAAUCCUCAGACUGAAUGGGUGGGCCAAGAUACUGUCUCCACCUCCUUAGUGCUGGGAUUAAAGGCAUGUGCCACCAUCAUCUGGCUCUGUUUCUCUUUUAGACUGGAUCAAUCUCAUAGCCCAGGGUGGCCUUGAACUCCUGAUCUUCCUGUUUCCUCCUCCCAAGUGCUGGUAUUAAAGGUGUGUGCCACCACUGCCUGACCUCUGUGGUUGGUUAACUAGUAGCUAGCUCUGCCCUCUCAUCUCCAGGCAAGGUUUAUUUGUCAGAACACAAACAAAACAUCAUACAAUAUUCUCAGUGUGAUAUAUUUUGGGGGAACAGUAGCUAACAUGAUUGGGCCUCGGGGAAGGUGUUCCUGGUGUUUUUGUCUCAGAACUUGAGUUGUGAAUAGGUCAGGUUCUGAUAGGUCAGUUCCCACACAUGAUUGAGUAAGGAAUGCUCUGUCUACAGGGGACAUCAUGACCAGUGUCCUCAUACUUCUGAUCCACAUGCAUCAAGGGUGGUUUGUACAUGCAGGAAAGAAAUCCUGGCAUGGAAUUGGCAGCUUUUGGGGUCUGUGGGUUCUUCUGAAUAGCUCUGGUGGGACUGGGGGUUAACCAGCGAGCUCCUCCCUUGCCCCCUAGACUCACCUGCUUGCCUUAAUGUGCCCCUGUAUUGAAGGAAAGUUGUAUCAAUAGAGGAGACUUGUCAAGAUCUUGUCCCAAGUCCACCUGACUGAUAGGGGCUUCUGUUGAUGCACUGGAACUGUGAUGCUGCCGCCUGUAGAAAGACCACCCAGGACACGGCUCACAAGGAGACUUCAGGCUCGCCACCAAGCUGUAGCCAGGGGUGGUGUCCGUUUGAAAAGCACUCUCAAAUCUUCAGAAAGCCUUUUCCCUGUGUUGCCCCUGGAAUACCUCACUCACCCUCUACAACUGCUCCUGUCCCAACCUGUUUAAAAAAGAAAUGGCCAGUGACUUAGCAGGAAAGAACAGGUGCCACCACAACAAAUAACUUGAGUUCUAGCCCUAGAACCAACAUGGUAGAAUGAGAAAACCAAUCCCAGACAAAUAAAAUGAGACUGGAGGGAUGGUUCAGCUGUGACGAGCACUUGCUGCUCUUGCAGAGGACCUGGGUUUGGUUCCCAGCAUCCACUUGGUAGCUCAUGCACUCCAGUUCCAGGAGAUCCUCUUCUGACCUCUGCACACACACGGGACACAUGUACACAUGCAGGCAAAAUACUUGAAUGAAAUAAAUUUAUUUAUAAAAAUAAAUCUUUAAAAAAUAGCUGGCGUGGUGGCACAUGCCUUUAACCCCAGCACUCAGGAGGCAGAGGCAGGCAGAUCUCUGAGUUGAAGGCCAGCCUGGUCUGCAUAGUGAGUUCCUAGUCUUCCAAGCAACAUAGCAGAGCUUGUCUGAAAAAUAAUGUUUUUAAAAAUCUGAUAAAAACACCAGCUGGGUAUGGUGUGCCAGCAGUGCAGCAGCCAUUGGCAAGCUAAUGUGGGCAGAUCAGCUGAGCUCUGGAAUUCAAGACUAGCCUGGACCACAGAGCAAGGGAAGUUAGGCAAGGGGAUCAGUUCAAGGCCAACCUCCGCUACAUCGCAAGUUCAGGCCCAGCCUGGGCUGAGUGAGAUCCUAUUUCAAAACAAGUUAAAAAUGAAAUUAAAACAAGCAACCAAAGAAGAGAUCUCUUUGCCACCAGGGGGCAGGAUGAGGCACAAAGCCUGGCGGGUGCAGAAAAUCAGCUCUCCUAGUUCUCCCCCAGCUGCCAGAGGUGCCGCCCAGUCCUAAACAUCAGGAAUGGGGCACCUGACCACCCUGCAAAUAAGUGUGUGGUUGAUCCUAGCCAGGUUCUGCACACGUGUCUGCUUACUGUCCCUAUGGACACGCCAAAUACACUCUGUUGGGGAAUAUUAUUCUAAGGUGUGUUACUUUUGUUUAUGCUGCAUUUGUUUACCUUUGUGAAGCUGUGUUACUGUGCCUGUCUAAAACACCUGAUGGUCUAAUAAAGAACUGAACGGCCAAUAGCGAAACAGGAGAAAGGACAGGUGGGGCUGGAAGGCAGAAAGAAUUAAGAGAAGGAGAAAUAUGGGAAAAAGAAGGAGCCAGAGAAGGAGGCAGACUUCAGGAACCACCCACCCAGCUACACAGCAAACCUCGGAGUAAGAGUAAGAUUUAUAGAAGUAAGAGAACAGGAAAGCCCAGAGGCAAAAGGUAGAUGGGAUAAGCUAAGGCUGGACCUUUAUAACUAAGAAUAAGCCGCCGUGUGUGAUUUACUUGGGAGCUGGUGGCAGGUCCCCCAAAAGAGAAAAGACACCCCCAUUCCACUGAGCAUAGCAGAGACAAGGUAGAGGAGCUGAGGAGUGGAGCGGUGGCCAAGUACUCAGGACAAAGGGGUGGUAACCCCCCCCCCCCUGCAUAAGUUAGGACGGUAACAGAGUAGAGAAUUCAGCAACACUACACUGUUUGCUGAGCCACAGCUGGUCUUACUAAACCAAAGAGCUGGUUUCUGGGCAAAGUCUCCAAGUCUCCCAGAACAUAGCUCACCAUCAGCCUGGUGGAGCCCACACUACACAGGUAUGCCUCUGCAGUCUCAGCCCUGGGGCCUAGGGUCCCAUCCUCCGCAGAAGCACCAUUCCCCUCUUGCUGACUGCAGAUCCCCGAAUCCUAGUAGUUCAAGCCUGGAGCAGCAUUUCUAGUGCCUGCAGGUGGGUCAGAGACAGGCGUGGGCCCCUGCCUGUGGAGCUCAGUGGGCAGUGGCUGCUGCUGCUCACUGGUGAGGUAGGAGGCUUGAAUGAGUGUAUUACAAUAGUAGAAAUCAAGUGCGGCUCUCACAACGUGGGCACUAGACCUAAGGACAACAUGAGCCACCCGAGCGGUGUGUUGGAGUGUGCACGUGGCAUCUGGAGAGCAGCCAAAGGUGCCCAAGCUAAAGGUGGGGCGGCUGCUGUGCCGAUGCUUUACCCAGGAAGGGGAGUGCAGCAGAUGUAAACGGUGCUGGGUAGGAGGCAGGUGUGAGCAUGCAGCUGUAGAUUGUUACCUUAUGUGUAUGGCAUUCUCACAGAAAUGUUUGGGGUGUGUAUUCUGAUGAAUUCAAGAUGGGGCCUGGCUCCUUGUAGCGCCCCCAUGUCAAGAUGACACAUUGAUUUCAGAAUACACUGUCUCCAUCCCAAAAGUGGGGUCCUUCCCUCGUGGCUCUCAACUGUGUCUCAUUGUUUAGUUCAAGAACUUGAACCACUUAUCCCCCAGGAAUCUCCUCAGGGGGAACCUGCCCAAGCCUGCUGUCUCCAUGGUAGCUGGACGCUCAGAGGAACCAGGCUGUAAGCACUCUGGUCUCUUGUAGUUACCAGAACACCGAACAAUCUGGGGUUUGUGUCCCUCUUGCUGUGGGCUUGACCACAGAAUGCUGUGACUCUGCCACUGGAGUUUUUCCCUCGUGUGUAAACUUGUUUGCCAUUUCAAUAAAGCGAGUAGAUUGGGAUCGUG